AUGGAUUCGUCGACUCCAUCAAGUCUAUUCAAGGAUGCCACAAAUCUCAAAUCGAUCAAGCAGGAUCUCUCCGUCUUUGUCAGUAUCGGUGGCUGGACUUUUUCCGACAAUGGCACAGCAACCCAGCCCGUAUUUGGCGAGAUUGCAGCAGAUGGAUCUUCCCGUCAGACGUUUGCAAAUAACGUGGUGCAAUUUAUGAAGCAAUAUGGAUUCGACGGUCUUGAUAUUGAUUGGGAGUAUCCCGGGGCGCCUGAUAGAGGUGGCAAGACUGAAGACACUGCAAACUAUGUGUUGCUGCUCAAGACACUGCGCAACACGUUUGAUGCGAGCGGAAGUAAGUUUGGUCUGACGUUUACUGCCCCUUCAUCAUACUGGUAUCUCCGUUGGUUUGAUCUGCCCAACAUGAUCAAGUAUGCCGAUUGGAUCAACGUCAUGACAUACGAUCUACAUGGUGUUUGGGACGCUUCCAACCCCAUUGGCAGUAUUAUUCAAGGGCACACUAAUCUCACAGAGAUCAAGCUGGCCAUGGAGCUCUUCUGGCGUGUGGAUAUUCCUCCAUCACAGCUUGCCCUUGGCUUUGGUUUCUAUGGUCGAUCUUUCACGCUUGCGGAUUCAAGCUGCAAUACCCCUGGAUGUCCGUUCAGUGGUGCCUCUUCCCCUGGCCCGUGUUCGGCAACCGGCGGGAUGCUCGCCUAUUAUGAAGUCCAGGAUGUCUUGAGUCAGGGGAGUUCCGGCAAGAAACGGGCGGCCAUCACCCCAAUUCAUGAUGAAGAGGCGGCUGUCAACUAUUUCACAUUUGAUGGCGACCAGUGGGUCUCAUACGAUGACGAGGUCACUUUUAAACAAAAAGUAGACUGGGCUGAUAGUAUUGGGUUCGGAGGUGCGCUGAUCUGGGCGUCUGAUCUUGACGAUGAUAAGUACUCCGCGCAUACUGGACUGCUCGGGAGAAGUAUUAUUUCCACCCCUACCCUCCAGACCAUGGACAAAGCGCUAUCCAAUCCCCAGGCAGUGAUAGAGGACCUGUCCAGUUUUACUGGACAGAAAUGCUUUGUGUACAGCGGGAGCUGUGUUAAUUUGAACGAUAACACGGCCAUGGCCAAUGCCUGUGGCUCGGACUUUACCGUUGUUGGCUGGGACGAUGCUGGAUGUGGUAAGAAAAGCUGCCACUGUGGAAAACCGAUCUGUUGCCCUAGGACUAGUGCGCCCAAGAACUGUGAGUGGCGCGGCCAAAACACAGGAAAUCCAGGAGCGAGCACGGACUGCAGCGGCCAGUGUCUCCCCGGCGAGAUCAACAUCAAUGGUAUCCGUUCCAAAUGGGGAGGGGGCUUUGUGAAUGAUGGCGACACCGACAAAUGUGGCCGAGGGGACAAGGUCUUCUGCUGUCCUGACCCAGAUUAUGCAGAAGUGAAUAAUGGAUGUGCUUAUGCAGCAUGUGGGGCGGAUUGUCCCUCGGGAACCAGCUCUAUUCUCACCAAGUAUGACAAUUGUUGGGCCAAAGGGCAGAAUUACUGCUGCCCCGAUCCCGUUGAGUUGGUAGCAUGCCACUGGGUCAGCGGCACUUCCGGACAUGACUGUGCCAACGCCGUGUGUAAUGCCACGGAGGUUCAGAUCGACCGGGCAACGUAUGGGGAUAAAACAUUCGCCUGUGAUUGGGGAAGAUCCAAGUCUGCUUGUUGUACAGUCCAAAAGGCACCCCCGCCGCCAGCCACCUGCAGCACUGGUCUUUGUAAACUUUGGCCCGGUUUCUGUCCCGAUGAUGAUGACGACGAGAGCGCCAAUAACUGGAGCAAGCGGGACCUGGACCUUGCUCCGGCGGACGUGGCCGACACCUAUGACACUCCUUCGGGCCUCGAGAAACGAGGAAAUUCUUCCAAAAAGCCAAUUCGCGCAGGCGACCUUCUCUUCUACCUGAUCUUCAGGGCAUAUCCUUCCAUUGGCAAUUUGUACAAUGUCGCCAAUUCCUACCAGGUUCUCCGCCGGGCUCUGUGGUUGAGGUCGGGCUGGUGCAGCAGUUCCAGUAUCCAGGUGGAAGAUGUUGGAGCUGGUAAAAAGCCACAGGGUAUGACAGGGCUGCAAUCAGAGCAUCCGUACGACAAACAAAUCAUGUCUGCGUUUGCUACUGCUGCUUCCACUGGUAUUCUGGCCUCAGGGGCAAUCGCCCCCCUUGCUCCCCUUCCCGUUGCCUUCUGGCGAGACGUCUGGAACGCUUCCAAUACAGCCCUGGGAGCACGGCCUCCCGUUGGAAGCUCGACAGGGGCCCAGCCCAACACGCCCAAUGAUCGCAUCACGGAGGCUCUCGGGUCAACCCGCUAUCCGUACCCGUUCCUGGCUACCGACGCCGAAAUCAAUGGGGCUAAGGGGCGGGUCAUGGGCUUGAACUCUGCCACUGAUCUCGACCGCGUUGCGGAUCUGGCUGCCAAUGCAGUAAAUUUGGAUACCGACGAUGCAGCAGACGCGUUGCUCUCAUCCAUCCGCAUUUGGUUCUCUGUCUUUGAAUAUUACCGAUUCGGCGCGGUGAGAAUGCGAUUCAACAUUGUCUUCAACCAGGUCGAUCGCCAAAUGUCCUUUGUCGAGCAGGACACGUCCAUCACCAACCUCGUAUCCUGGUGGCAUCUGUUCAAUGACGACUAUAUGCGCCACGUGGAGCGUCUAGCACAACAGCGGGUUCGCAUGGCCAUUAAUAGCGCACUCGAGCCCUACGUCCAAGCGCGCGCGGCCGGCCGGAAUCUACAGACCUAUGAUCGUGUUGUGACGGCGCUGAGGUAUUUUGAGAGCCAAAUUGUUUGGAUGACUAUACCGCCGUUUUAUAUGGUUCCAGAUGUUGACAAGUAUUCCAACUCAUCGUGA